AAGCUGGCACCAGAUCCCAUUGUCUUCACUGAACCAGAUCCACUUGGAGCACUGGCUUACAGCUCAGCCUGUUCCACACGGGCAGCUGUUAAAGGAAAUACUCUUGUUGAGCCCAAGACAUCUGUGAGCCUUGGGCAGCAGGCAGUAUCUCUGAGGGACUCACACGAUAGACUAAAAGCUUUACGAAGGGUCACGUCCACUGCACAGAUCCUGCUGGCUUACAGCAUGGUGAUGAGAGCACUAUCUCAGGCUGCUUCAAGUGCAUCAGUGUGCAGCGGGUCUAACGGACUGGAGUCCUUGGGUCUGGCAGAUAUCCGUGUCCUGGUGCGUCUGAUGACCUUAGCGGUGGGAGGCAGGGCUCACAGCUCUGUGGACACUCAGUCAGGUGUGAAGGGAUUCCCAUCGGAACGUAAUAACGCCACCUGCCUCAGCUUCCUCACCUCGGCCAUAGGCAGUGUGGUGUCCCACAGCCCUGCUGCUUACAAACAGCUAGUGGAGAUAUGCACUCAAGACUUAAUGGCAGCGGCUACUGGGGUGAACAUUGCAGCCAUCAUCGAGCCACAGCAGAGACCUCCUCUAACAGUUGCAACCCAGGGGGUCCAGCAGCUGAGAGACCACAAUGACCUGACACCUCCAACCUUUCUGGUCACGCAAAGUCUGGUGUCUUUGCUCACUGAAAAGAGCAUUCACUGUUAUGGUCAAGAUAAAGCUGAACAUGAAGCCAAUGAUGUUGGGAACCAGAGGGUGUCUUCUACUUUGCCUCCUUCGCCUUUACCACAUCUCAGUACCAGAGUGGGUCCUCUGGAGCUGGCAAAUGCAUUGGCAGCAUGUGUUCUGUCUGCGAGGCUGAACAGUAAACACCGGCAAUGGGCAGCACAACAGUUGGUGCAGGCCUUGGCAGCUGCAGGGAGGAACAGUCCUAAUCGGUCCCUAACCUACAACGAUCUGGCUGGUGACUUGCGCAAAUGUCCUCUCAAGAGACUGGAAGGACAUUACUAUGGUGGCCAGCUGCUUCUGGAGCUGUGA